AUGUAGUCUAAGUACAAGGUACAUGCAAAACAACAAAGUAAAUGUGCAUCUGAAAUUGAAGGGGUCUAGAUAAAACAGUAGAUCUGAACUAACAAUGGCCGAAGGACCUGAUCCAGUUGUUGCUGAUCUCGAGCAAGAAGUGACCUGUGGCAUCUGUCAUGACCGCUACCAGGAGCCAAAGCUGCUCCCUUGUUGUCACUACUACUGCAAGCAAUGCAUCCUCACACUCUCCAGUCGCUACCCACCCAACCAGCCGUUCCCCUGCCCCGACUGUCGUGAGCCCACUCUAUUGCCAGACAACAACCCAGACAGACUUCCCACUGCGUUCUUCAUCAACCGGAUGAAAGCACUCCACUCGAGGAUGGAGAAAGCUCAUGGCAAGUUGGAGGCUACCUGUGAAAUGUGCUCUAGAGGAGGAAAAGCAAUCGCAUUUUGCCGACAAUGUGUGAACUUUAUAUGCAAUACUUGCGUUGAUUCGCACAAACAUAUAAGAGUAUUUGCCUCACAUGCCAUCUCCACUCUGGAAGACCUCAAACAGGGCGGAGUGAAAGAACUAACAUAUGACAGCCCACCACUCCCAAAAUGCGAGGAUCAUGAGGAGCCAAAAAAAAUUUUCUGUUUUGAUUGCGACAAGCUCAUCUGUCGAGACUGUGCUGUGUUCGAUCACCGUGACCACAAGUCAGAGUUUGUUAAGAAAGCCGCCCCCGCAACUCGCAAAAAGCUGACGGAUCACCUCUCCCCACUCAAGAACCUACUGCCUGAUCUGAGCACCGCUGUGAAUCAAGUGAAAAGAACUAAACAAGAGAUCCAGGCCCAGAAAAAACUGAUGGAGAGACAAGUGAAUUCUAAGUUCCAGGAGCUACACGAUGUACUCGAUCGAUGCAAGGUCCGUAUUUUACGAGAGUCUUCUGAUUUGACUGAUUCAAAGAUGGAGAAACUGACAGUUCAAGAGAAGGGUCUGGACCUGUCCCUGGGCACUGCUCAGAGUUUGAUUGACUUUGUAGAGCGUACACUGGAGAAUGCAAGUGAUGAAGAACUGAUUACGAUGCAAGAGCAGGUGGUGAGUCGAAUCGAUGCCGAGGUGGUGAAGCGAGGGAAGGAAGCAGCCAGCGCUGAUCCCGUAGAGAAAGAUGAUUUCGGAAUCGAGAUGUUUGUUUGUGAGGAUCUCAAGAAAUUGUGUGAGAACAAUGCUAUUGUGUAUGAUGGAAAGCCGAUUGUGAAAGGAGACGGCACUAAAACAGCUAAAGUUGAUAUGUGUUCAAAAUUGACUGUUUAUUGUGGCUCGAAAAAUGUUGAGCUGCAAGUUGUUCUGAAAACACUAGCUGAUGAUACAUCUAAACAACUGCAAGCAGUGCCUGUGAGUGGUGGAGUGUACAGCAUUGAGUACACCCCUAGUGUACGUGGUCGACACCAUCUCCUGAUCUCAGUGGACGACCAGCCCAUCCCAGGAAGCCCCUUCUCUGUAUUCGUGAAAAUGCUCCCCACCACCCUGGACAAACCUGUGAGGGUGAUAAAAGGAUUGAACAAUCCUCAGUGUAUGACAUUUAACUCAUCAAAUGAACUGAUUGUAGCUGACAGUAAUGUUAUGGUGUUCGACAAGAAAGGAGAACAAAUUCGAAUGUUUCUCAAAUCAAAGCAUAAGUUUGGCAGUAUCUCUGGUGUUGCAGUAGACAAGGAGGACAACAUCUAUGUCUCUGACAGCAACAAACACUGUGUGUACAAGUUCAACAAAAGAGGAGAUCUGUUGAAAACGUUUGGGAAGAUUGGAAGUUUUCCAACGUCAUUCAACUCCCCUCGAGGGAUAGCAAUCGCUGGUGGUCAAGUGUUUGUGUGCGAUCACAAAAACCACAGAGUUCAAGUGUUGACGACAGAGCUGGAACCGGUCAGGCAGAUUGGUUCAAAGGGAACUGGUAAUGGACAUUUUAACAGACCAGAGGAUGUCGCAAUAGACAAUGAACAAAUGGUAUAUGUCACCGACUGGGGUAACGAUCGUGUUCAAGUGCUCACUAUGGAUGGUCGGUUUAUUUGCUCGUUUGGGAAGAGAGGAAGUGGACAAAGUGAUCUGUCUUCCCCUUGUGGUGUGUGUGUCUCUGGUUUUGUUUAUGUUGUUGAUCGGAAUAAUUGUGUGUCUGUGUUCACUAAAGACGGUCAGUUUGUCACAUCAUUUGGUAAUGGUCAUAUCAGUAAUCCUAUCGGAAUAGCUGUGGACAGUGACGGUGUACAGUACGUGUGCAGCGAGAAAGCUGUUGUUAUCUUUAAUUUAAUAGCUCUAAAGUAAAUUUUUGGUAAUGUGUGUGUGUCGUGUUGGUUUUUUUUUUAUAGUGUAUUUUGUUAGCAUAAUUAUGUGUGCAGUUGCC